CACAUUGUAGCUCCACACUCAUCGUCCCCGUCCAGUCCAUGCGCUCGUGCCAUCCACGCCUACGCGCGCGUGGCAUCUCGCAUGCACCACCAGCGUUUCCCCUGCUCCUCACCCCUGACGCGUUCCCUUCUGCGCCCGUAACUUCUCGCCGGUCGAUGUCACAUUCCCAGCUCAGUCAACACGAUGCAUAUCCCUUGACGUUCGACUGAAGGGCCCUGAAGGGAGAGGAGGGCCGAAGGGCGCAGGGGGAUCUGCCGCGGGUACUCGGCAUGCUUCUCGUCCGACCUCGCUGUUGCACAAGUCGCGUCUGCACAGCCCAGCUCAGCCGCCAGAAGCAGUGUGCCGACGUCUCGCGCGAGUAUCGUUUCUGCGCAGGCUCGGCACGGACGGCAUCGCUCCGGCAUCGCAUAGACAAAAGCCGACGCCAGAGUCCGGGAUGCCCGUGCGGCUGCCCGGGUGAGGGCCAUUGCUCAACAAGCGUGGGACGGCGGCAUGAGGAGUGCGUCGGAAGGAGCGCAUGGCAUCGCAGCGGCUGGGGUUUGCGAGAUGGGGCACCACAUGGCUUGCGGCAUGCGAAAUGGAUCGGCACUCAGCCUGUCCCAAUGAGGCAGGGCACAGGGUUCGGCUGGCGGAGGGCGCUCGGUGCUGCUGGUACGGCCCAGCUGGGCAGGCGGUGUACCAAGCUGCGGACCUCUUGCGCGCCGAGGCGAACAUUGCGGCGUGCAGCGGCCGGAGCAGCACCGAUGAGGAUAUGCGCGACGGCGUCGAGCUGCAAGCUGCGGCGCUCGGAGGUCGGAGGGGCACUACGGCGGCGCCGGUCGCCUUCCAUGCUAGCAUGCGGCACCAGUGCCGGGCGCCGACGGUGCCUUCGACACCCCAUGACGCAAGCUGCUAGCUGUCUCGCCGUCGACGAUGCUGCGUCAACGAGCCGGACCGGGACGCGCGAGUGCGCGCAUGCACAUGCAACGUCUUAGCGUAGGACUCGUGCGUGUGCGACACGGGCAGGCAGGCGGGAGCGGCCUGCGAUGCCGGCCUGGUGGACGAGCUGGCUCACGUCGCCGACGACAGUGAGCCAACACUGGGCGUGCUGCUGGGCGUGCGGUGCGCCGGGCGGCGCGAAAGACUCCGAGAGCCCCUUGCGCCCGACAUCUGGUGCGCCGGGCCCGAUGCCGGCGGCUCGGGACGCUGCUGCGCAUGCGGGCGCUAGCCGUGCGAAGUGUCCGGCCGGGAUGCGCU